AUGGCGGCCCUCAUCCUGUUCGCGGCCGCUGCAGCAACGGUCACUGGCUGCGAGCUCCCUCCCGGAACGCUACCCACAACCAUCACGGAGGGUUUCGCCAUCCAGGUUCAGAAUCCCGAGUUCCCCGUCAUCCACAACCGGCUCAUGAACCUGUGGGAGGCCGGUGGUGGUGACAAGCACCUUUACCUCGCGCCCGCCGGCAACUCGAGCGACUCCCUGACUCUCGUUGACGGAGUUGUCACUCUUGCCACUGUGGUUCCGACCAUUCGCGCUUACACCCCUGAAGACAAUACCACCAAGAUGUUCAUGACGGAGCGUGGUGAUCCCCGAGCUGUUUACGACGUGGCGUACGGCUGCAAUCCGGAUACGGACGAGGUUCAGACCGAGCUUGUCUUGCGUGCUCGUGGUAGCGAGCCGGGCGGACACAUUUGCGUGCGCUCUGCGUCUGGGGAACGACACGAGUUCCGAUACUCGCCACCUGAGAAUCCAGCGGACAAUCCAUCGAGGCCAUGCAUGCCUGUCAAGUUGGUGGUAGUUCACCCUUGA